AACAACACUGGCGUCCGGGCGCUGCUGCGGUACCAGUCGUGACCGCCCGACAGUUCGCCUUUUAACCGCUCAUACAUAUAAUUCGCCUUACACCACCGACGGGAACAGAACAAUUAAGAGACAUUUACAUCUGGGAAACGGUUACGACUUGUUUUUACUACCAGACUGUAAAAAUAUCAGCGACUUUUUCGAAGACACACGGCCAGCUAACGCGCGUUAGCAGGUUAAAUCAGAUUUUUCUGAGGCGCACAGGAAUCGCAUAUGACCAUCUUCACGAUGUAUUUGCUCUUGGAUUACUAAUUUGCCACAACAAGUUGCCGUUAAACAUGGACAUGUAGACACCUGUAUGACGGAUCAUUUCUCACAGUAACGCUAUACUGGGCGCUGCUGAGUUUGCUAACUGGAAGGAGCAGCUCGACAACUUGCCCUGAAGUUUGUCUGUACUAAACUGGACUCUUAUCUGCCUUAAUUUACUGGCGUUAAGAGGAAACGACGACUGAAAUUAUUACACCACCAAUGCACAACCAUAUACAGUCGAUCGUCGAUAGUUUUGGCUAAAUUAGGGACCCUCCGGACGUUUUCCACCUGGCCUUAUAUAACUUGGAGUCCUCGGACUCGAUUUUACUCUUCUGUGCUUGGAACAGUUUUGUUUUGUUUUUUAUCAGCUAGAGAGUUACAUUUAAACCGUCUAUCCUUCUACGGUGAUAAUCUUUCGGUAUUUCCACCGAAAACUCACGGAAAACCACGUAGGAAGUUGAGAUUCAAUGUUGACACCCAGUCGAUACUGUUUGUCAACCGAGGGAUUGUUUCUGGCAGUUUUGUUUGAUUUCCUGACAAAUCACGUCAAAUAUGAUUUAAUGAGAGAAUCAUAUCAAAAGUAAUCUUAACUAGUUUGGCACAAAGGGCAAGUUGGACUUCGGACACUUCUCAUCGUGCUGUACCCAUGUCACGUUUCAUUGAAUUUUGAGGGCUGUGAACACAUUCAGUUUUAGAAAAAAACUGUCAAAUCCAGUCUCAAAAGAUGUCGACCAGGACACCACUGUUACCAAUGAUUGAUCACUCAACUGGCCAGAUUCACUCCGACUCAAAGACCAGCGGACGCUCCAACAUGCUUCACUCCACAGCGGACGAGCAGCCCCACAUCGGCUGCUACAGGCUUAUGAAAACUAUCGGCAAAGGAAACUUUGCCAAGGUCAAACUCGCCAAGCACAUCCUCACUGGAAAAGAGGUGGCAGUGAAAAUCAUAGACAAGACACAGCUCAACUCCUCCAGUCUUCAGAAGCUAUAUCGGGAAAUGAGGAUCAUGAAGCUUUUGAAUCACCCAAAUAUUGUGAAGUUAUUUGAAGUGAUUGAGACUGAGAAGACCCUCUACCUGGUAAUGGAAUAUGCCAGCGGAGGUGAGGUGUUCGAUUACCUAGUAGCCCAUGGCAGAAUGAAAGAAAAAGAGGCCCGAGCCAAAUUCAGACAGAUUGUGUCCGCGGUGCAGUACUGUCACCAAAAGUGCAUUGUCCACAGAGACCUCAAGGCAGAGAAUCUGCUCCUGGAUGCAGACAUGAACAUAAAAAUUGCAGAUUUCGGCUUCAGUAACGAGUUCACACUGGGCAACAAGCUGGACACGUUUUGUGGCAGCCCUCCCUACGCUGCCCCCGAGCUCUUUCAGGGCAAGAAGUACGACGGGCCGGAGGUGGACGUCUGGAGCUUGGGGGUCAUACUGUACACACUGGUCAGCGGUUCUUUGCCGUUUGAUGGACAGAACCUAAAGGAGCUGCGAGAACGAGUUUUGAGGGGAAAGUACAGGAUUCCCUUCUACAUGUCGACAGACUGUGAGAACCUGCUGAAGAAAUUUCUUAUACUCAACCCAACCAAGAGGGGAAGUCUUGAGCAGCAGAUUAUGAAGGACAAAUGGAUGAAUGUGGGCCAUGAUGAUGAGGAGUUGAAGCCCUACAUUGAACCCCAGCCCGACUACAAGGACCCUAAGAGGACAGGUCAGCACCACAGCAAUGCAACGGUUUGGAAGAGAGAAAUCAUGCUGCGAAUGGGAUACUCUCUAGAAGAGAUCCAAGACUCCCUUAUCAACCAAAAAUACAAUGAUGUCAUGGCAACUUACUUAUUACUGGACUUUAGGAACGCCGAGCUGGAUGAAUUGUCAAUAAAGCCCCGCUUAGCCAUUGACCUCACAAACAACGCCCAAUCACCAUGUCACAAGGGACAACGCAGUUCCUCCAAUCUGAAGUCCCGCAGAUCCACUGACCAAAGUUCAUCUGUUUCCUCCAAGCGUCCUCAGGGCGACAAGCACAUCAGCAAUUCAGGCAGCUCCACUAAAGUCCCACCCAGUCCGCUGAUCUCUGGAGACAACAAGAAUACUCCAACCCCUUCCACAAACAGCAUCCUCUCCUCAGGCACCAGCCGCAGCAGGAACUCUCCAACUGCUGAUAGACACACUUUGGGAGUGCAUAAUGGCAAGGACAGCCUGAACACUCCAGGGUCCCGCACCUCAACCGCCUCGGCAGCCGCGGUCCUCGCCACCUCGUCGCGCACCCGCCACCAAAAGUCUUUGUCCACCUCUGCCCACCCAAGUCCCCCAGACCUCCACGCACAUCGCCCCAGCACAACCACACAGAGAAAUACAGUGGCGUCCCCCUCCGCUCAGAACAUAAACAUUUCCUCCGUGACGGACCGUAACAAUUUCUCCCGAGGGGUGACAAGCAGAAGCACUUUCCACGCAGGCCAGCAGAGAGCCACACGAGACCAGCAAGCCUCGGCAUACAACGACCCCUCUGGCUCCCCGUCUCUAUCCCAUAGCAACAGCCAGAUGCGUCGUCCUGGGACGGGCAUCUUCAGCAAGUUUACUUCCAAAUUUGUACGCAGAAAUCUCUCAUUCAGAUUUCCCAGAAGGAGUCCGUAUGAGGGAGAGUUUCAAGAUGAGGCCAGCAGACCCAUGUUGAGCACAGCGGACAAGAUGGAGAAAGGUACCCAGGGACUGCCCGGUGACGAAAACAAGGACUCCCUGUCAUCUUCACCAGCAUCCAGUACCCUUUCGUCCACCCAGGCCUCACGCGACACCAAGCCUCGCUCCCUACGCUUCACCUGGAGCAUGAAGACCACCUCCUCCAUGGAGCCCAAUGAAAUGAUGAAGGAGAUCCGGAAAGUUCUGGACUCCAACAGCUGCGAGUACGAUUUGCGCGAGCGUUUCAUGCUCCUCUGCAUUUCGGGCAACCCAGCGCAUGACGAUUAUGUCCAGUGGGAGAUGGAGGUGUGCAAGCUACCUCGCCUCUCUCUCAACGGCGUGCGCUUCAAACGGAUCUCUGGCACCUCCAUCGCCUUCAAGAACAUCGCCUCGAAGGUCGCCAAUGAGCUAAAACUGUGAGAAAGCUGGUGAGGUUUCUGGGAAGAAACGUGUGGAGCCCAUAAACUAGGGCACUUUGAGAGAUGGCGUUGUAAGCUUUUUGGCAGCAAUGAAUGAGUCUUGAGGCUGUAAAGAGGGAAAAUGUAUAAGACAGGUAUAUGGGGGACAUUUGUGCAUAUAGACAUUUUCAGGGGGUCUAUUUUUUGGGGGAGGUGUUCUGUCUUGGUUUGGGUUUUCUGUUCCUUUAUCACCCCAACCCCUUCACCCAGUGCUUUGCGUCAUCUUUUAUUUGUGGCGAUUUUGUUCAAGUUUUGUGUUUUUUUUCUUGGACCACACAAUUGUCAUCAGUUCUGAAAGUUAAGAGAAUGCCAGACAUUGAUCAAGUGGAACUGUUUGUCGAUGUUUUUUCUCAACAAACACAAUCCAGCUACUGUCAUGGAAAGUUGAAACCCCCAUACCCUGAAUCUUAUCCCUUGUUCAAACAAAAAAUGAUAAACCAACAUACCAUACUACUUGAUCUUACUACCAAUUUCAGGAUACCUACAUUGAGCAGAGGGGAAGAGAUUGGUGGUAUGACGCUCUGAAUGUACAACACAAAAUAGCAACGGGCAUCUUGGAUCUAUGUGGUUAGAUCAUCUGAUUUUCAUAUCUGACCAAUAAUAAUAUGGUAGCUAAUCCUUACCCUCCACCCCAUUUCUACACCACACCGUCUUAUUUCAGCUGAAAUGGAAGUGUUGACUUGAACCCUCAUUGUGUUGGAGGUACAUUACCUAUUGACACUUUGUGCCCUGACAGUUAGUUUUGUUGUUGUUUUUUUCCUCUACUGCAGAAGUUAUAUAUCUGAAACUAAUUAAGGGCCAAUUAAGUAAUUAUUGGUGGGCUGUAGUUUAACUAAGAAUUGCUGGUUGGAUCCAAUCUGCUGCACUGGAAUGAGUAUGUGUUUCGUUGCCUUUCUCUGGAAAAGAUAAUAUUAUUAUUAUUAUUAUAUGAAUAAACCAGAAGUUGGAUGA